AUGGAUCAAUCAUCAUUCCCCGAACCCCCGCCAGUUCCCGAAUCCGAUCAAGGGUUCACGAGACCCCUGCGCUCCUCCACCACCGCGGACCUGGAGACGACCGCAAGCCACAGCACCCGACGCUCCUCCAUCGAAUCCGUUUCCGAAAGACCCAAAUCACAACCCGGCGAGCACUCGGAUUCCGCAAAGGCUGGUUCCAGCGGAUUCUCGAAACUACUCGCCUCGCGCCGGAAGCGCAAGCAGGAGAAGGAGAGUCGAAAGCAGGCCGAGUUAGCCACCCAACACGAACGGGACGAUGAGGGAGACCCCGACGACCGUCGCCCCAUCGAGUCGCGCAGUGGCCUUUCCACCGCCUCGUCGACCAACGACACCGAAAGUUACCCGGAGAGAGAAGCGACCAACGUCAUAUUGACGGAUGAUUCCGAACCGGAUCGGACCCCGCCGUUGACGACCCGAAACUCACACACGGGCUUCUACACCACCUCCUCCCCCCUUUUAGCCUCGGGCGCGUCUGCCGAGAGCGAUGGGGCCCAAGCGGACGUCGAAUCCGCUGUCAGUGGUCCGAGCGGCGGUGCCGCCUCCGAAUCCACGGUCGACCACGACACUUCGCGCCCUUCCUCCCGACACGCCUCCACGCUGAGCGUUCCGCCGGACAGCGCGAAGAAAAGGGCGGUGUCGCCGGGUCGCCGGUUCAAGAAUCCCUUCGGCGGCGAUAAGGAGAAGAAAAGUUCCACCCGGGAUCGCGCGUCGUCGACCGCCUCCGUCGACAGCAAGAGAAGCCGGAAAGGCAGUCUGUCCUCCCGGAAGGCACCCGUGGUGGUCGCCGAAGAGCCCCCGCCGCUCCCGCCCAUCCGGACCGAACUCCUGGAGGAGAAGCCUGUCCCGCCGGUGGACGAUGCCGCCCCGCGGACCCCCCCGCGGACCGCUCUCCCCGCCCCCCAGACCACCGUCACUCCUCCGAGUCCCCUCCCCGGGCAACACAACCUCUUCUCGUCGCCCGACAUGGUCACCUCCCCCGAAUCGUUGGAUUCGAAGAAGUCCAUUCUUCCCUCCGGGGUGGUGGUCAGUCCGUCCGGGAAUAUGAUCUCCCACCGCCGGGUGCGCUCGGCGUCGGCCGCCGGUCACAAGCCCAGUCGCCUGUCGAACUCGAUCUCGGCCAUCGGUCCGCCCCUGGAGGAGACCAAGGCGAAUCCUGUGGCGCAGCAGAGCGGCUUCUUUUCCUCGGUGUUUUCGGUCGCCCAGAAUGCGGCGUCCACGCUCAGUAGCUCACUCAAUGCGCAGCAAAAACCCCGCAGCCCCGCGCAACCCAUGGCGGCCGAAUCGGACGUCACGGUGUCGGACGGCGCCGACGGCUCGAGUCCGGCUCCCGAGGAGCAGAAGAAGCCGCUCGCGGUCGACACGCUGGGAUCGGGCGAUCUCAAUUUCGACCACUUGGAUAUCGCUAUCCCUCCGGGGGGGUCGGUCUCGACCCCCGAUGGUGUGGUCAUCACGAAGCCGCAGGCCCCGUCGGAAAAGCGCCGGACCCCGGCGGUCUAUCGGCAAGAUGAGGAGGCCGCGAAGGCCGAGGGGCGCCGCGCCGCGCGUGCCGUCACCAUGGCCUACGAGAAACCCGCCGACAUCUCCGUGCGUCCGCCGUCGGACGAGAGUGUCGAGCAACGGUCGACCGCCUCGCCGCCCCACGAUCCCUCCGGGGAUUCCACGCCCCCGAACAGCAGCCUCCUCGACGGCGAGACCGAGGCCGCCCAGCGGGAUCGGAGCAGCAGCGUGCAGAGCCGGCUGGUCCCGCGCCGACACCGCGGCUCGUCGGCCGCCACCGCCUCGACCAUCGGUGCUGCGGCCGCGGGGGCGACCCUGGCUCUGGGGAUCCCUGGCGGGAACUCCAGCGUGCCCCGCCUGACCGGAUUCGCCGUCGCCAGCAAGAAGCGGAACCGGGAUUUCCACCAGCUGUUCCGCAGCGUCCCUGAGGACGAUUACCUGAUCGAAGACUACAGCUGCGCGUUGCAGCGCGAGAUCAUUCUGGCGGGCCGGAUCUACAUCUCCGAGGGGCACAUCUGCUUCUCGAGUAACAUUCUGGGCUGGGUGACCACUCUGGUCAUCAGCUUUGACGAGGUGGUCGCCAUCGAGAAGGAAUCCACCGCCAUGGUGUUCCCCAACGCCAUCGCCAUCCAGACACUGCACGCCCGCCACACAUUCCGCAGUCUGCUCAGCCGCGAGUCGACCUACGACCUGAUGGUCAACAUCUGGAAGAUCAACCAUCCGACCGUCAAGAGCUCCGUCAACGGGACCCGCGUCGCGCAUGGGACGGGCGACAAGACCGAGAAGGCCGGCGAGAGCGACGACAGCGACGCCGAGGAUGAGAUCUACGACGAGGACGAAGAAGGCGACAACGCCGACAGCUUCUUCGAGCCCGGGGACGACAGCGUGGCCGGCAGUGAGCGGUCCGCGCCCACGAAAAGCCUCAGCCGACAGGCCUCAUCGGGGGCCCUGCAAACGGCCAACGGCGCCGGGGCGACCGCGUCCGGGAACGCCAAUGGUGCCUCCAAGGGCACGGCCGGCGACGGCGAUACCGACUUCCCGGGCCCCCCCACUCACGGCCCCACCGAGUAUACCGACCCCGCUGGCCAGUACGAGAAAGUCGUCAAGGAUGAGAUCAUUCCGGCGCCGCUCGGGAAAGUUUAUUCCUACGUCUUUGGCCCCGCGUCGGGUUCCUUUGUGCCCAAAUUUCUCGUGGAGAACCAGAAGUCGGGCGAGUUGCAGUUUGAGAGCGAAAAGAAGGGUCUCACCAACGACAGCCGGACGCGGAAGUACUCUUAUAUCAAGCCACUGGGCGGAGCCCCGAUCGGUCCCAAGCAAACCAAGUGCAUCAGCACCGAGUAUCUCGACUUCUUAGACCUAGAGAAGGCGGUCCUGGUCACGCUCACGACCCAAACCCCCGAUGUGCCCAGUGGGAACGUCUUCUCCACGAAGACCAAGUACCUGUUCACCUGGGCCGCGGGGAAUCAGACGCGAUUCUUGAUGAGCUGCACCAUUGAAUGGACGGGGAAGAGCUGGCUCAAGGGUCCUAUCGAGAAAGGUGCCAUGGAUGGCCAGACCACUUUCGGUACCGAUCUUGUGAACGCGCUCAAAGCUGCCGUGGCUCCUCGCGCUCGCGCCACUGGCAAGGGCAAGGGCCGGCGGAAGAAGACCGACAUCGCCCGGGAAGAAGCGGCCGCGGCCGUCGCGGCGGCAAAGGCCGCCAGCGAAGCCACUGCCCGCGAGAACGAAUCUUGGGGCUUCUUGGAGCCGCUCCAUGGUCUGCUGGGACCCGUGGGCGACAUUAUCAAGCCCCUGUGCACCGGCAACGUCGCCAUUGUGGUUAUCGGUCUCUUACUUUUGAUGCUCUUCUUCCGCAGUCCAUCGAAGCCGCCCUCUAUUCUGUCGCACGACAUUGGAUGCCCUGGGUAUUCGCUCCCGCAACGCCUCGCUGCCUACGAGGAGAUGUGGCGGAGGGAGGAGAGUGAACUCUGGAGCUGGCUCGAAGACCGCGUGGGCAUGGAUGGCAUGGCCUUCCCCAACGUCCACAAGCCAUUCGAGAUGCAUAGCCGCCGGGGGUCUCGCAGGACUCCUGGUGAGCGUGAAGUCCACGAGAGACUAGGCGAAGACAAGAUGUCUGAUCGUGAGAUGGACCAUGCGAUUCGGACCACCCGCGAGCGACUCGACACCUUGGAGAGGAUCUUGACCAAACGCCGGUCUCCUUCGGAGGCAGAAGCCUCCCAUCUCGAGCUGUAG